ACAGUAUUAGCAAAUUAGAUUCUGACAGUUAGCCCGGGGUGUGUGGCUUGGCCCGCGGGCCCGCCCCUUGGAAGGAGGUCUCGAGGUGGUAAAUAGGGGCCGCACGUGCAGGGUGCAAGCCGUAGGGUUCGGAUCGAGCGCGAGAGGUUAGCUGGUGGGCGACAUAGACACUGUAACCGGCCCUCGUAAUCCUUGUCCUGUAGUAGCUGCGGAGCCAUGAAGGCUGCUCGGAUCGCGAUGCGGAGCGCGGCUCCCUUGGCCGCCACGGGUGGGAGCGGCGGCGGCGGCGGUGGUGGUGGGGGUCGGGGGACUCGAGAAGUGGAGCAUUUUGCUCGUUACUCUCCGUCGCCGCUCUCCAUCAAGCAGUUCCUGGAUUUCGGGUCAACUAAUGCAUGUGAAAAAACCUCUUUUUCAUUUCUUCGGCAUGAACUUCCAGUGAGGCUAGCAAAUAUUCUGAAAGAAAUUGACCUCCUCCCUAGCCCUUUGCUGAGCACUCCUUCAGUACAGUUGGUAAAAAGCUGGUAUGUUCAAAGCCUAAUGGAGCUAGUAGAGUUCCGUGAGAAAAAACCAGAUGACCACAAAGUGCUAUCAGAUUUUAUAGAUGCCAUUGUCAAAGUCCGAAAUCGUCACCAUGAUGUAGUACCUAUAAUGGCACAAGGGGUUCUAGAAUACAGAGACUCUUCUAAAAUGGACCCGUUCAUCAAUCAAAACAUUCAGUACUUCUUGGAUCGAUUUUACAUGAACCGGAUAUCCAUCCGGAUGGUAAUAAACCAGCACACACUUAUAUUUGAUAACAGCAACAAUGUGGGUAAUCCACGGCACAUUGGAUGUAUUGACCCUUGCUGUGAUGUUGUGGAUUUGGUGCAUGAUGCUUUCCAGAGCGCCCAGAUGCUUUGUGACCAAUACUAUUUUGCGUCUCCAGAGUUAAAGCUUACUCAAGUGAAUGGAAAGGCACCUGGACAGCCUAUUUACAUAGUAUAUAUACCUUCCCACCUCUUUCACAUGCUGUUUGAACUCUUCAAGAAUGCAAUGAGAGCAACAGUUGAACAUCAGGAAAAAAAACCUUCUCUUGAUCCAGUUGAGGUGACCAUUGUGCUUGGAAAGGAAGACCUGUCAAUUAAGAUAUCUGAUAGAGGGGGUGGUGUUCCAGUGAGAAUAAUAGAAAGCCUCUUCAGCUACACAUACUCUACAGCACCAAAGCCUGUGAUGGAUAGCAACAAUUCUACUCCUUUGGCUGGUUUUGGUUAUGGCUUACCAAUUUCUCGCCUGUAUGCUAAAUACUUUCAUGGGGACCUCCAUCUGUGUUCCAUCUCUGGUUAUGGAACAGAUGCUCUAAUCUACUUAAAGGCCCUUUCCACAGACUCUGUAGAGAAACUUCCAGUUUACAACAAGGCUGCUUAUAAGCAUUAUCAAACCUCUAUCGAAGCAGAUGAUUGGUGUGUUCCAAGUAAAGAGCCAAGAAACUUGUCAAGGCAGAGUGCAGCUGUGUGAAAUCUGCAUUUCUCCAGGACACUGAAAGGGGAUCAAACCAAUGUUUCAACCAGGAAUAGUAAAACAAAUCACUAGAUGCCCUUCCUGUUCUAUACCAGGAUUUAGCAAAAAAAAGAAAUGAUAUGGAACAGGAGACUACAGCAUAGACUAUACAUGUACUGUAUUUGUAUUGCAGUAUGUCCAUUGGCAACUAUCUAGAUGACAAUGCUGUGAUUAGUAGGAGCCAGCAUGGGUUUGUCAAGAAAAAAUCCUGUCAAACUAAUCUCAUCUCUUUUUUUGAUCUGGUCACUAGCUUAGUAGAUGGUGGAAAUGCUGUAGAUGUCAUCUAUCUAGAUUUCAGCAAAGCGUUUGACAAAGUCCCCCAUGAACUUUUAAUUAGCAAACUGGUCAAAUGCGGACUAGAUGGAAAUACUGUCAGGUGGAUUCACAACUGGUUGGAAAACUGUACUCAAAGAGUGGUCGUCGGUGGCUCUGCUUCAGACUGGAAGGAGGUUUCGAGUGGAGUGCCACAGGGUUCUGUCCUGGGGCCGAUACUCUUCAACAUUUUUAUCAAUGACUUAGAUGACAGGGUGGAGGGAAGCCUUAUGAAGUUUGCGGAUGAUACGAAACUGGGAGGGAUAGCUAACACAAUGGAAGACAGGAAUAAAAUCCAAAGGGACCUGGAUAGACUAGUCAAUUGGGCUGAAGUUAAUAAAAUGAAAUUCAAUAAAGACAAAUGCAAGAUUCUGCAUUUAGGCCACAAAAACAAAAUGCACGGGUACAGGAUGGGAAAUACCCGGCUUAGCAGUAGUGCGUGUGAGAAGGACCUUGGAAUUGUAGUGGAUCGCAAGUUGAACAUGACCCAGCAGUGUGAUGCUGCGGCAAAAAAGGCAAACAUGGUUUUGGGCUGCAUAAACAGAGCUAUAGUUUCCAGGUCGAGGGAAGUAAUAGUCCCACUAUAUUCUGCAUUAGUCAGGCCUCAUCUGGAAUACUGCGUUCAGUUCUGGGCACCUCAUUUUAAUAAAGAUUAGACAAGUUAGAGCGGGUUCAGAAGAGGGCGACAAGGAUGAUAGCCAGUAUGGAGAACAAGUCUUAUGAGGAAAGGUUGAAGGAACUUGGCAUGUUCAGUCUGGUGAAGAGAAGGCUGAGGGGUGACAUGAUUGCACUCUUUAAGUACCUGAAGGGCUGUCACAUAGAGGAGGGUACAGAUUUGUUCUCUGCUGCCCCAGAGGGUAGGACUAGGUCUAAUGGUUUUAAGUUGCAGGAUCGUAGAUUCAGAUUGGACAUUAGAAGGAACUUCUUGACAGUAAGGGCAGUUCAGCAAUGGAACCGACUGCCUACGGAGGUGGUGGGAUCUCCUUCGCUGGAUGUCUUCAAGCAGAGGCUGGACAGCUAUCUGCAGGAGAUGCUCUAGCUGUGGAUUUCCUGCUGUGAGCAGGGGGUUGGACUCGAUGGCCUACAAGGCCCCUUCCAACUCUAUGAUUCUAUGAUUCUAUGAAGAUGGAUAUGUUGGGGGGAUCAAAAUGCAUAGGAACAUGUGCAUAUCAUUUCUUUUAAACAUUUUGACAUAUAAAUUAACACUCCAGAGUGUUAAUGUUUUCAGACUUCUGAGCUGAUUUGAUAUGUUCAAAAACUGUAUGUCGUGGUUGAACUCCAACACAAAAUAAUAAUGUCCUUCCUAAUCUGGUUGCUUGAUAUUUCAUCCCGUUACAAAAUUGUGACUUUAGGUAUAUUUAUUUGACACUCCCAGCCAACAGUCCAGUUGCAAGAGCACUGACAAUAUGCUACCUUAACUUGAGUAGUUUGGCUUGAUGAAAAGCUGAGGCUGUAGUACAGUGCUGAAAGUUGCUUCUUUUAAACUUAACCCAAAUAUUAAACAUUACUUGAAUUCUUAAAUCUUAAAAUAGUUUAUUUAUGUAUAGUGUCUUUCUAUUGCCUUUCUAAUCCUGAGUUUUUGCUAUCAUGAAGAAGUAUCUUAAAAUGAUGGAAAGGGAGUGAUGGCUGUGCAUUGUGAAGACAAAUGUUUAUUAGCCGUAUCUUGGUAUGUGGCUCACAACUUCAUACAGUGGGGGAGCAGCAGUACAAAUAGGGGAUUUUCAAGAUAUUUACAUUGCAAGUCAUUUAACUCUACCUUUUGAAUUGGGUUAGGAUAUGAAGCUGUAUGUAAGCAGGGAAACUAGUUCUCUGAAUGGUACUGUUACAAAUAGGGUAUGUGCAACUAUGAAGUUUUCAGGGUGUAAACUUGAAUCAUGUAUGUUAAUUUGGGGGCCACCUGCCACAGUUCAACUUGCAAAAUGUGACUUCCAGAGCUUUAAAUGUUAAGAUUACACUUGAGACAUUUGUUAGGGAUGUGAUGAGAAAUAGGUAAUGGAGGAUUGUACCUGUAUUUGAAAUGUGUAAAUAGGAGUCAGGAGAAAUACUAGUUCUCUAUAUAGCAGCAAAGAGUGAGGAUGGGAGAGUGUUUCCUUUUGUAAAGAGAUCAUUGGGAGAAUAUUCCAUUUCAAAUAAUUAGCACUGCUCAGAGGCAGGGAGUUUGAUAAGGAGCCAGCUGGUGACAAUCCAGGUCAGUCUAGUCUUUUUUUUUUAAAAAAGGCAAUAAUAUGCUAAAGAGCUAAACCUAGUUUAUCUUUAAAAUGGUUACUGUCUGUGAAGAUGUCCAUGCUGAGUUAUCGCAGCUUCACUGCUGUUAUAUUUGCUGAUGUCUAUUUUAGUUGUGGACAUUGGGUUCAAUUGAAUUGGUAAUCCCAGCCAUGUGAGGCUAUUGUGUGCAGUUGGUGCCCUGUACCAACGAAAGGCUUAACAGCUAACAUUGCUGGAGUAUUGGGUGUUUUUGUUCCUUCCCAUUGUAACUGUAGUUCAGAUUUGGAAAAUAGUGAAGAUUUUUGUUUUCCUCUAGUGUCUAUUUGUAUACUCUGAUUAUGAGAAAACAAAUGUGUUGUUGAUGUGCUAAUUGCAAGUGCCUAUUUGGGUUGCCAGCUAUAUAGAAGACUUACUGGUGGGUGAGAUCUUAAUGCACUACAUUGACCUAAGUUAAUAUUACGUUGUCACAAUUGCAGCGUUAGAUAACAAGAUCAAUGUCAUUCUGAUAAAAUCUGUAGAAUCACUCUUGUGUUCACCCAGUGUGUUUUGGUAGUUGUAAGAGAAUUUGUGCCCUUUGUGUAGCACGAACAAUCUGCUAAACUUAAGUUGUUUUGCUAAUGUUUUAAUAACCUAUGCUGUCAGGUCUAUGCACUGUUUCUGGAAAACAACUAAAGAUGCCUUCUUUCCUCUGUCACAGACUAUAUCAUCAAGUCAGAUGGAUAUUAUUGUCCCUUUUGAAGCAUUUUUGCUAAAUUAUAUGGCUAGAACUAAGGCGAGCCUACAUAUGCCAUUCUUUUUGAGCAAAAUAAGCUCUUGGUGCUGCGUAGCACUCAAAACACAGUAAAAAGUUGUUUGUGCGUAGUAUAAGAAACCCAAAAAUGGAAUUUUGAUUUUAGAAGACUGAAUUAUUUCUGCUGCAGCCUGCCUUCUAGUUUGAGUGCACCUCAGAUGUAUUCGAAGAUGUUUAAUAAAAUUGUUUUUUUUAAA